GCGAGAUGUUGCCAGUGCAGUUCGGGCCAAGUGACGUGGUCGGUGGAUGGCUGUAAGGUCUGCCAGGACCAGGUUCAAAAGAUUGCCCUCGUGAGUGAGACGUGCAAAGAAGACAGUCCCAAUUUUAAGGGCCGUGUCGCCUGCCAAUCCGAAUGCAAUUCGAAACUACAAACUUCUGGCAUAUUCUUGCAAGAAGAUGCGAAGGGCUACGUUUCCAAGACAGCGAGCGUGUCUUCUGAGUGCAAGAAAGCCAGUCCAAACUUCAUUGGCAACAGCAAGUGCGCUCGAGCGUGCAAGUCAAAGGUGGAGAGCAGUUGGUCCUGGCAGCAAUUGGACGCAGUCGAGCAGCUGAAGUUUCCUCGGCGCUUUUUUUGA